CAGUACGUUAUUACAUUUCGUCGUACAAGGUUGUGUUUAAAAAAAUGUUGUCCACUGUGAACGCAUGUGAAAUGUUAUCUUACAUCCGUUUAAUAUCAAUAUAGACUUUGAAACACAAUAUGUAUGUUUAUAAAUGUAACAUUUAAAAUUAUUUGAGUUUUCAAUAUGGAUGUAACAAUUGUUUUGUUGACAUUAGUUAGUUUUGUAACGUGUAAAGAUUGCUACUGGAAUGCACGGUGUCCGUAUCAAUUGUUUUCUUCUAAAACGCCUUAUGAAAGUGUUAGAGGUGACUUGAGAGAUGAAAACAUGCCGAAUUGCCAACCUAUUAGUCUGUGGUCACUCCACCGGCACGGCAACCGAAACCCAAACACACAAGUGACGGAGGAAAUUAAUGAACUGCAAAAGAAAAUUAUUUCUGAAAUAUCGUUGGCAUAUGAAAACAACAGGACUCAACUCACGAACUGUUUUCAGGAUAUAGAAGACCUGCUACACUGGUCAUGGAAUACAACCUUGGAGACGUCACCAAGCUACCUCACGGGUAUCGGUUAUGAAGAGAUUUUUGAUAUUGGGAAACGGGUGAGGCAGAAGUUCGAAACUCUCCUAUCGGGCACUUCGGACAAGUUCUAUUUUAGACCCACAAAUGAGCAGAGAACAAUUACAAGUGCAAUAGCCUUUGUCCAUGGCUUGACAUAUGGAACUAAAGCUAACCUGACUGGCAGUAUUGAUGGGGCUUCGGAAGAGGAUAAUGUUAUACGUCCGUAUGAGAGCUGUGCAAAGUACCAAGAAGAUGUGAAGAAAGGCCAGACGCUGGUUGAUCAACUCGCCCUUUAUGAUUCCAGUCCAGAAGUUUUGGCGGUUAGAGACCGAGUUCAGAGACACUUGGGCAUUCAUUAUCAAGUGACGGUUGCAGAUACGUACAAUUUGUACGAACUAUGUCGAUUCCACCGCUCUUGGUCUCCUAAGCUUCGAUCUCCUUGGUGCUCGUUCUUUAGUAAUGAAGAUCUAGAAGUGAUGGAGUACAGGGAUGACGUGCGGCAUUACUACAGGAAUGGACAUGGGUCGGAGAUAAACGUCAACUUGGGUGCUGCUCCCUUGAAGGAUUUAUAUGAAAACUUUGAAAACGCAACUUUGAAUCGAGGCAAAAAUAUUGUAUCUUAUUUCACACAUGACACCAUGUUUGAAAUGGUGAUUAGUGCUCUCGGAUUAUAUAAAGACACGGAACCGCUUCAAGGAGCUUCAAGAAAUGCAAAUAGGUUGUGGAGGACAAGUGAAAUCGCCGCAUUUUCCACAAACUUAAUAGCUGUUUUAUUCAAGUGCCAGGAACAAGGGGAUGAGAUAUACCGUGUCCAAUUCCUUUUAAAUGAAAAGCUUACUACCCUUUGUCCUGAAGCAGGUUGUACUUGGAAACAAUUCGUUGACAAGUUCCAGAUCUUCAAAAAUACUAAUUUUGAAUUCUGUUUGAAUAAAAAAUACUUAUUCAAACCAAACACAAAUCGUGGAGUUAAUAUUUCCAUCAUGAGCUUCUUAAUGUUAUUACCGAUUUUAAUUAUAGUAUAAAUUAUUGUUAUUAUCGUUAUAAUAGGUAUUUAUAGUCAUUUUAUAUUUUUUACAAGGAACUGAACAAGCUCCUCUUUAUGACAUGCAUACAAUUCAACUUUGUACGACGUAAUUCCAAAAUGUCUCCUUUGUAGUAAUCUCCGAGACAUACGUUAAGUCUUAGUCAAAUUAAGUAUAUAUUAAGCUAUGUAUAACAAAGUUAUAUC